UGCGCGUUCUGGAGGCGCCGCCGCCGCCGCUCUCGAGGCCGCCGCUGCCGCCGUCGCCGCGCAGAGCCGGAGUAGGAGCCACGGCCGAGAAGAGGAGGGAGGAGGAGGAGGAGGAGGUGGAGGAGGCGCCGGACCGGGGGGAUUGUCAGUAUUUAAACAGACCACAUCAUGCGUGAGUACAAGCUAGUGGUCCUUGGUUCAGGAGGCGUGGGGAAGUCUGCUCUGACAGUUCAAUUUGUUCAGGGAAUUUUUGUUGAAAAAUAUGACCCAACGAUAGAAGAUUCCUACAGAAAGCAAGUUGAAGUAGACUGCCAACAGUGUAUGCUCGAAAUCCUGGAUACAGCGGGAACAGAGCAAUUUACAGCAAUGAGGGACUUGUAUAUGAAGAAUGGCCAAGGGUUUGCAUUAGUAUAUUCUAUUACAGCUCAGUCCACAUUUAAUGACUUACAGGACCUGAGGGAACAGAUUUUACGGGUUAAGGACACAGAAGAUGUUCCAAUGAUUUUGGUUGGCAAUAAAUGUGACCUGGAAGAUGAGCGAGUAGUUGGCAAAGAACAGGGUCAGAAUUUAGCAAGACAGUGGUGUAACUGUGCCUUUUUAGAAUCUUCUGCAAAGUCAAAGAUCAACGUUAAUGAGAUAUUUUAUGACCUGGUCAGACAGAUAAAUAGGAAAACACCAGUGGAAAAGAAGAAGCCUAAAAAGAAAUCAUGUCUGCUGCUUUAGACCCGCCGUAAGCAGCAGCUCUGAGCCAGAUUACAGGAAUGAAGAACUGUUGCCUAAUUGGAAAGUGCCAGCAUUCCAGACUUCAAAAAAUAAAUCUGAAGAGGCUUCUCCUGUUUUAUAUAUUAUAUGAAGAAUUUAGAUCUUAUAUUGGUUUGCACAACUUCCCUGGAGAAAAAAAAUUGCUCUGUGUAUAUCUCUUGGAAAAAUAAGACAAUAGUAUUUCUCCUUUGCAAUAGCAGUUAUAACAGAUGUGAAAAUAAAUAUACUUGACUCUAAUAUGAUUAUACAAAAGAGCAUGGAUGCAUUUCAAAUGUUAGAUAUUGCUACUAUAAUCAAAUGAUUUCACAUUGACCUUUUUAUCAUGAUUCCUCCCUGUCAAGCACUAAAAAGUUGAACCAUUACACUUUAUAUCUGUAAUGAUAUAGAUGAUGAAAUUUCCCCUCAACUCGUUGCAGCGGAUAACUUUUUUGAGUCAUUGACUUCAUUUUAUAUUUAAAAAAUUAUGAAGUAUCAUUCUGUCAUUAUAUCUAAUUAAAAUUGUUUGUGCAUAAUGCUUUGAAAAAUGGGUCUUUUAUAGGGAAAAAAACUGGGAUAACCAAUUUCUAUGGCUUUCAAAGCUAAAAUAUAUAAUAUACUAAACCAACUCUAAUAUUGCUUCUUGUGUUUUACUGUCAGAUUAAAUUACAGCUUUUAUGGAUGAUUAAAUUUUAGUACAUUUUCAUUUGGUUUGUGUGUUUUUGUUAUUGUUUAUAGAUUUAAGGCCUUCAUUUUAUAAUGAUCACAUCGUUUAAAUGCAGCAAUAGCUCCUUUCUGGCUGGUACCUGCAGAACACUUGGCUUUAAACCCCUAAGUAAAUGGUGAUUUCUCUACGAACAGACCUCGCACUUUCUCUUCUAGAUAUAUUUAUUCCUAUUAUACAGUAAAAUACAUCAGCCUACAUACAAUAGUUUUGUAUAUUCUCUCUUGAUCUUGAAGAUUGUAUCUUAUUGAAUAAAAUAUCCCACUGUGUAUUAUUUUUAUAUGUAAAAAGAUAAGUUUAAUACUGUAUCAGGGUUUAACUUUUACUAUUUCAAAUGUUCUACAGCUUGUAAUUUCAUCAAGAGAAUCCUUUUGCCAUUGUUAAUUUGUUGAGUAUAAGUCCACCAAUGAAAUGUUAUGUAAAAAGUUUUCAAAUUUGCUUUAUAAUAGAUUGAAGACUGAGAGAAGUGGGUGAAAGUGAAAAAGCAUAUGAAGGAUGUGUCAGUUGCUUUUUCUUCAACUCUGUAUGUAGUAUAGUGGUCGUAGUGUGGGAAAGAUUGCUAAGUUAAAUCUUCAGCUGGCUAGGUAGUGGUGCUUUUCCUUCCCAAUUUUUUUUUUCCAUUUUUUACAAAAGGUGGAGCAUAAAUAGGACAUGGACCUAGGGUGAUCUGACUUCUGUACACCAGAGGGGUUGAGCAGAACAGCUUGUUAGCCGGUUAAGUGCUGGAAAAGGGAAGAAACAAGCAAGAAAACCCUGUGCCUUGUCCCCGAAUAUUGAGGAGGAGACCAGUCCUAGAAAGUCCAAAUCAUCACUCAGGGAUCUUGAUGCUGUCUCAUUGCAGCUAGGUGUGAAGCAGUGUUCAUGCCUUUGCUGAGGCUUUCCAGGAGUGUGGUCAGCCCCGUCGGUUACCAAAUUGAAAUUUAAAGAUCAGAUUUCAAGUGUAAGCUCUGACCAACCUGAGAAAAUGUUGUAAUAUUGUAAAAAAAAAAUUUUUUUUGAAAAUUGUAUUCUUGUAAGUUUCUAAUAAACUUAGUUACCUAAUACUUA